AUGGCGGGAGUAGCGGGACUACUCACGUCAGCUUUAGUGAAGAUCGUGGGCGAUAAGCUGGGUUCCACCAUCGGACAGCAAGCCAAUUUGGUGUGGAACUUCAGCCGCGACCUGGAGGACAUGAAGGACACCUUGGAAUCCAUGGCGGCAGUGCUCAAGUACGCCGAGAGGAGGCGCAUUUAA